CUGUUCGCGUUCACUGUAAUGAGCUGGUAAUGCAGAGACUUUACAUAGUCAAGAAAAUCGACACCAAACUCUUGUGUACAUAUUGUAGUGAUCCAGUUUGAUACAUAAAUAACAAAAUUGUCACACAAUACUCCCCCGCAUCGUUAGUCAGGCUUUGUUGAAGGUGAUUAGUUCUUAAACAGCUUGAGAAAAUGUUAUGCUAGUGCCCUCUGUUUACGUAUACGUGAAAUUUUCCUUACUGAACCUCGAAAGCUAGUACCAUGGUAAAGCUAUACGCGAUCAGUGUCUUCUAUAAGGCACCGACUGAGGCGCGCCUGUUGAAAUCGUCCUAUGAUCUGCAGAGUUUCUCAUUCUUCCAGCGCGGCUCGGUCCAGGAGUUUAUUAGUUUUGCAAGUAAAACACUCGUCGAACGAACACAGGCAGCCACUCGGCAAUCGGUAAAGCAGGAUGUGUAUAUGUGCCAUGUUUACGUACGAGCGGAUAACUUGGGAGCCGUGCUGAUCGCUGACCACGAAUAUCCGCAGCGCGUGGGACAUACACUGUUGACCAAAGUUCUGGAUGAUUUCUCAGCCAAAGUUAGCUCCGACCAGUGGGCCGUCACAACGAACGAGGCGGCAAUUCAGUUUGGAACGCUCCCGGCGACGCUGAGCAAGUAUCAGGAUCCGCGCGAAGCCGAUGCGCUGACGCGCAUGCAAGAGGAUCUAGACGAAACCAAGAUAAUACUAAAGAACACCAUCGAGUCUGUGCUGGAACGGGGCGAAAAACUAGAUGAUUUGGUUUACAAGUCAGAGUCGCUCUCCAUACAGAGUAAAGCCUUUUACAAGACAGCCAAAAAGACCAACUCUUGCUGUAAUUUUGCCUAAGGUAAUGUCCGUUCUGCAUGUUUUACAAUACUUCAGUAAUUCCCACCUGGUGAUGUUAUAUUUGAUGGACAAGAAAUGAAGUAACAUCCUGUUUAUUAGCUUUAGCGCAAUAUCCAGAAUGUCAGUCUUUUGUUGUAAUUUAAAUUUUACAAAAAGAUUAACUGAUGAAAACCCAUUUGCUACAGUAGCAACGGCAAAGUGGUUCAUUGAAAAAGCUUUAGUGCCUGCGAAAACCGAUACAGCAGCACGUGGAAGAAUGUGCGCGUAUGCAUGCUAUGUGUGUGAAUCUAAUUUCAUUGCCAUGGCGUACAUUCCAUUCCCAUGUGUUUUAUUCGAGAAAAGUGAUACGGGUGUCGCAACAUUCACUUGUCACUUUAUCACUGCGAUCUUUUAGUGAUAUUUUAGUUAAGAACUUGAACUUAAAGGAUCAAAAGCUUUCUCAACAUAUUUGGUGUAGAUCAGAGGAUUUCAGUAUCGCCGAAGUGCACAACGCAGAAUGAUCCGUACAACAUGAUAAAUGUUGAAUUAACUUUCGAACAAUGAACUCAGCAAACGUCUCAGUAUGCAGUUGCAACGUAUUACAAAUUUUUGUUGAGUGCAAGGGCAAUAUGGAUGAUACAAGACAAGAACUAUUUUAACCUACCUGCAAGACGCCAGAGUUGCAGUUUUGCGUGCGGCAUUGAUUAAACAAAAAAAAAAACCAGCCUAAGUGUGAAUUAAUGUUGA